UAUGUAGAUUGGAUAGUGGGAUCCUGUAGAAACGAUCCCCUCUAGAUAUAGAUAAACCCUUCUGUAGAUUAAACCCAAACCUCGGUAGAUUAAACCAUUUUGCCACACAGUGCAUUGGGGGUUUGCCUCAAAAGAUGACUAAACAAAAAUUUCACAAUUAUUUUCGUUGUCUAUAAAAUAUACAUAGAAUCCAUUAAUUGGUCACCUCCUUCAAUUUAUAUAUAGAAAUUAUGCAGUGUACACCGCCCUUUUAUCUCCUUCCCCUUAUCUCAACCAUGGCGGCAACGGCUCUUCUGCUCCCUGUCCUCCUCCUAUCUGCCUCCGUCGCCGCCACUGUAGUUGCAGAAAGCUGCCGCUCGUGGCCUGACGAUGCCGACACCCUCCCAAUCCUCCACAUCCAUGGCAAAUGCUCGCCCUUUGCCGCUCCCUCCACCUCCUCGUGGCCCGACACUGUAAUGCACAUGGCCAACAACGACCCUGCCCGCCUUGCCUACCUUGCAAACCUUGCUACCGUAGUCCCAAUCGCCUCGGCGCAGCAGAUACUCCACACUGGCAACUACAUAGUGCGUGCAAAGUUUGGCACUCCCGGCCAGCUCAUGUUCAUGGUACUUGACACUAGCAAUGACGCCGCCUGGGUCCCCUGUACCAACUGCUCUGGAUGCCCCUCCACUCCCUCUGCCGCCUCCUUCACGCCGAAUUCCUCCUCAACCUAUGCUCCUCUCCCAUGUACUGUCCCUGCGUGUACGCAGGCUCGCUUACCAUCAUGCGUUAGUGGUCUAUGCUACUUCAAUCAAUCCUAUGGUGGUGAUUCCUCGUUCUCGGCGGUGCUGUCUCAGGACACGCUUCGUCUGGCUAUGGAUUUGAUCUCGAAUUAUACAUUUGGGUGUGUGCGUUCGGCUGCUGGCGGGUCGUUGCCGCCGCAGGGGCUAUUGGGCCUUGGCCGUGGCCCUGCAUCACUGCUCUCACAAGCAGGCAUGCUUUACCAACGCACCUUCUCAUACUGCUUGCCAAGCUUCAAGUCCUACUAUUUCUCUGGCUCACUCCGUCUCGGCCCCGCCAGCCAGCCAAAGCACAUACGCACCACCCCACUUCUGACCAGUUCGCACCGGCCCUCUCUGUACUAUGCAAAUUUGACUGCCAUAAGCAUCGGGGCUCUGCUAGUUCCUGUCCCGGGGUUCAACCCACUAACCGGCGCUGGCACCAUAAUAGACUCGGGGACCGUGAUAAGCCGGUUUGUGGCUCCAGUGUACGAGGCAGUGCGAGACGAGUUCAAGAGAGUGGUGGCGGGGCCAUUCUCUCCGCUGGGUGCGUUCGACACUUGUUUCCCAGCGCCGAUGGACGUGCCAACGGUGACAUUGCACUUCGAGGGUCUGGAUUUGGUGCUGCCGGCCGAGAAUGUGCUGAUACACGCAUCGGAGGGAUCGCUCGCGUGCCUGGCCAUGGCGGCAACACCCGGGGAUGUGAAUUUGGCACUGAAUGUGAUUGCCAACCUUCAGCAACAGAACCACCGGUUGCUCUUCGACCUGCCCAACGCGCGCCUCGGCAUCGCCCGGGAGGCUUGCAAUUGAGCUCGCUGCCCCUGCCCUACCCCCUCUUCUACUGCGUUUUCCAAUUGUUUCUUCGUUUUCCCCUUUGAUUGUUACUUGCUCCAAAUGAAAUAUAAUGUUUUGUUUCUGUCAUAAUAAUAUUCUGGGAUAUUGCAUUGGUACACAAAUUAA